GGGGAGAUAGGCGCUGAUGGCGGGAAGCAAGGCGACUGUUCGCAGCGUGGGACAUAGGCCCGAAGAUUGAGCGCUGGGGCUGGGGCUGGGGCUGGGGCAGCAGCAGCAGCAGUGCCCCCGGGGGCCCGCGCGAUGCCCACGCUGUGCACCAGCUUAUUUCUUCAUACACGCGAGUCGAAGGCCUCGGCGCGGCUUUGGUUUGCUUCUCCCAUCUUCCGCACGCCGCUUCGCUUUGCACUACUUCAACCUCGCGUUCCGUCUGCACUUCAAGAUCUGCUCUGCUGCUGCUGCUGCUGCUGCACGAGCUGAUGUAUGCCCACCACAGGGGGAGGUUGCUUGCAGUUGAUGCACGGCUGACCGAAUCCGAUUGCAGUCAUUCUGGAGAGACUGCAGCAGAAGACGAACGAGGUUACUGGCAUAUCUUCUGCUAUUGGAACGGCAAUGCUCGGAGUGCAUCAGCAACUGAUUCAGGACAGAAUUUGAUGUUCCUCGAGCAAUGAUUCGAUAAACGUCGAGUCUUCCCGAGGAGAGAUUCAUCCAUCUCUGAUGCAUUAUCUGGAAAUUUGUGUGGUCAUGGAUAAGGGCUAGAUCGAACAAUGACUCAAGCAAACAUGAAGGGCAGCACAGAUACUCGUAAUCUUCUUCAGGGCUGUGAUUGCUCUCAACACGAGAAAGGUGACAGCGGAGGAGCUCAAGUUCAUACAUCCAAAAGCUGUAGCCGAUACAGCUCACCGCCAAAUGCUGUUGCUGAGACGCAGCCGAAGAAAGCAUCGGACAAGAAAGGCGUCAGCGAAAUGCAGAGCCGUGCACCGUCACGGAAUGGAAGAGGCUCGACGCCCAGUCCAAUUCAGGGGCACGGGAUCCGCACUCCGACGAGGAAUGGCAGAGGAACGACUCCGAGUCCGAUCCAGAUCAGAAGCGCAACGCAUUCGCCCGCGAGUCCCGAUGAGUUCGUGGUGAGGAAAACUCCCGGCGCCCACAUCCACCUGCGCAGCGCUCGACCUCCAGGAUGCGAUGGCGAGUCCACCCAACCCACCGUGAACGAAGUUCACAACAGGAUUGCUCGACGCCGAGGCUUCGAUGACCACGCGCACGUCUCCCGCGAGACCGAGAACAUUCGCCCGCGCAGCGGCAACACCCCCGAGUCCGAGAGGCCGCGCAGCUCUCCUCCCUGUAACUGCGGAUUGCGGAAAUGCAAGCACGAGCUGUCGCGCGAUCAUGGCAAGGACUUCGCCUUCAUGGACGGAUUCGAGACCAAAGAGCAACCGUGGAAGCCGGGGAAGAAGGUGGUGGAUCAUUUCAGCGACCAGCCGCGAAGCGAGUACCGGUGGAAGUCGUCGAGGAGGUCGAUACCGGGGGCGGAUCGGAUGCAAAGCCGAACCCCCGAGUGGCGGUCGGACGAGCCCCCGAUCUCGCGCAAGGGGACGGGGGGGCGCGACGGGGGCUCGGCGCAGGUGCAGAGAGAGUACGACCCGUUCGGCAACCCCUUGAACAACCCCGAGUGGGAGUGGCACCCGGGCAAAGGGCGCGGCAACGGGCCCAUGCCGGGCGAGUGGCUGCCCCCGUUCCGAGCCUACUCGGCUCGCGCCGAGGCGGAGCCCCCGCCCUUUCUGCGCGGCAAGGGCUCGGGCCGGCGGCACUCGGACGAGUGGCUGCCCCCGUUCCGGGUGGUUGACAGGCCCGCGAGCUGGCACCGAUCCAAGGGCGCCGGCUCGGGCCCUCCCCCCGACCAGUGGCUGCCCCCCUGGGGGCACGAGUCCCCCGCCGAUCAGGAGCGCGGCGACAGCGCCGCGAGCGUCAGGUCAGGCCGUAAACACUUCCCCGUCUGCUGCCCCAACCUCUGAGUCGCUGCCCCUGCCCCCGCCGUCGCGUGCGGGCGUUUUGCUGCCGUUUAGAGGCCCCCUCGGGCUUAGAGCUGUUCUUCUGUCUGCGCAGCCUCGACUCCGAUCUCGACUCGCUGCUCGGAAUAAGGCGUCCUCUAGACCGGCCCGAUUGUAGCCGUCGUGGGUGCGAGAUGUUGUGUCUGAUCUCUGAUCUCUGAUCUCCGAUCUGCAAAGAGUGUGCCAGCAGGUGCCCCCCAAAGGUUACCUAACUUCACAGAAAAUCAUAGUAAGCUAGAUUUGUUGUAAUUGAGAUUGUUGCCAAUUUGUCACCCGGUCGAGAAGGCGAGCCAUGUCGUCGUCGUUCGCUCAUCGUCUCAGAGGAUGAUGAGAAUUGCAUUGCCCUCGGUAGCGAGAGAAUUAUAUAGAAUAUCGUCGGAUGAUGGACUUCUGAGUCUCCUGGGUUCUGUUAGCAGCUGCUGCGCGGAGCCUCGGGGCCCAGACUCGAGCAGGACUCGGAGGAGCGAGCCGCCCGAAGUCUUCUGAAGAGUUUGAAUGGUGUUGUUUCUCACUUUGUGUGGGGCGCGCCGCGAGGUCGAGAUCUCCCCCCUCGAUCUCGACCCGGUGCACGCGAGGAGCACGAUUUGACGAACCACGCAAGCAUCAGCGUGCAUGAGUAGUUGUCGCGCAGAUCAAUGUGCUAAUCGAGAAUGCGAUGUUCUUGUGCUCUUUACAAACGAUACGGGUAAUGAAGGUCUCAAAGAGCUGGAUGGUGUUUGAAGCUUGGACGAGCCGAGCCGAGCUCCGUGGAAAUGUCCAGGAUCACUGUGCUCCCCGCGCCGCACCGAGUGGCUGUGCCUUGUUUAGUUCUUUGGUUUUUAUUGGAUGACAGACCCGAACUGCAGCUCCCUCCUCGACGAUCCGUCUGCCGCAGUAGUAUGUAUUAUUGGUCACAUUUUAGGACGAGCUCGACCUCUAGAGCUGGAGAACGGAGGGCCAUCGUUCGCCGGGUCCGGAUCGAAGGCUCCGUCGAUGGCGCACUGGCUGCGAAAGAGGUUGUCCGCAGCUUUUCGAAUUCGUAGUCUUUUGCAGUGCGGCCGAGCAUGUUCCUCAUCCAGAGCAGCAUCUCAGAGUCGGGCGGUGGGUGUUUGGCAGAGAGAAAGAUGGCCCCAUGCGGCAGAGGAGGCAGCUAUGUUGGAUCACCCUGGAAUCUCAUGCGUUAUUGCUUAAAGUUGGCAAUAAAUUGCACUUCUUUGCGUUCCCUCUCGUGU